AAUGAGAUUCCUCAAUAAACAAUUGACGCUAACGAUUGCGUUAAUUUAUGUUUGCAUCACUGUGAAUGGCGAGCGAUGGUCGAGGCAGCUUCAUCCAAAUGCACCCGUAACAGCAAAUGAUUGGGUGCCGAUUCGUAAUGGGAAAACAAUAAAUUUCAACCAAGAUUUGUUAGCAGCACCUCAAACUCAAUACCAAUUUUUUGCUGAGCCUUUGAACAACCGUUUUGGUCUUCAACAGGCACAUCCAGUUCACAUAAGUCAUCCCGUUCCAUCUCCAUCUGAAAUUAAUAAUUUUGCUGUUCAAAAUCCUCCACCCUUCCAAUAUUUGAGCAACCCUCAGAAAACGAGAACAGUUCAAACAUUUGGUGGUCCAUUGAAUAACAAACCAAUCGCUGAACCACUCGUUCAGAACCCUCCACCAUUCCAGUACAUGCAAGAAGUUCAACGUGGACCACAUGUUCGUCAUUAUCAAUCACAACCAAUCCCAAAAUCUAUUCAAAGCUUCCCACCAAAUACUCAGCCAACGUUCCAACAGACUCGUACGCCACAAUUCCAAAAAUCUCAAUCGCCACCUCCGUUCCAGUCAAUCCCAACACCUCCACCAUUUUAUCAACUUGAAACUGAACCACAGCCACAAACUGAAGAUCAAGUUCAAUUGCUUUAUGUUCCAUUCAAUUCAUUGUAUCAACAACAACAGCAAAAUCAGCAGCAAUCACCGCGGGGAUCUUUCGACGAAACAAAAACCAAUCGCUUCAAUAUUUUGAAUCAACCCGUUAGUGCUUCACUCAUCAAUGAUUUUUAUUCGCAAAAUGAAGUUCAAGAGUUUGCUGAGAAGCCAAUUACAACAAAGAAACCUGUCACAACAAGACGACCUACAAUCGCUCCAGUUACUUCAAGUUUGAAGCCAACAACUCCGUUCGAAAGCGUUACGAAGCCGAAACCUCAUCAGCCUCCAUUGUCAAUGUUUGUUGCUAUUGACAAGUUCAAGGGAAAGGCUACUGAAGCUGAUGUGUUGAAUACUUUAAAACAUUCAAACAGUAUUGACGUUAUGGAUUCGAUAACAAGUGGAAAUGCACCGAAAGUAUUUAUUGGACCAUCUGGAAUGCCUCCGCCAAGUGGUUACGAAAAGUUUGACUUGCCUUAUCUAUCAAGCAUUGAAGGAACGAGAUAUGAACGAAAGAUUGAACAGUUGCCAUUCUUCGUUGCACCUUUGAGUUAUCGAACACCACCAGGCUUCUCAAAAAUUCCACUCCCUGCACCUCAUGUCGGUUCUGUUGUUGUAAAUCAACCUCCUAAUGAAAUUGAGAAAGAAGAAAGUUUAGGAUUAACUCAAGAAGCAUAUUAUACGAAACAACCAGUUACGACGGUUACACAGAAUAUAGAGACAAGCCCGAAGACACAUCAGAAGAUUUCAUUGACUUCAGGUUUCAAUUACAGUCCAAAUGGAGACGUUCAAUUAAUCAGAAACGAGUAUACAUUCCCGACAUUAUCUCCAUCACGAAGCACAGCACCACCAACUUUCCAAACACAAUCGAGAACAGUUUUCACAACACCACGACCAUCAUUUGCUGCUCAAACUGCUUCACCUUCGACAGCUGAAACGCCUCUUACUAAAGUUGCUUACAAACAUAUUGAAGAACAACGUAAUUAUGGUCAUUCAUCAUAUAACCCAACAACAACAACACGAAUUCCCGUUACAAGAUCGAAAUUGGAAAAUUUCCCAACAUCGCCACGUUCCACAGCACGUGCGUCAUCAACGCAAAAACCAAAAUCGUAUGUCGAAUUGGAAGAACAUAAAAUCGUUAAUGAAGAAUAUUUUGGUGUUGAAAAAGAAAGACGUCCAACAUUCUCGUUCAAAUUCGGAACGGAAGUUGAUAAGCCAUCAGCAAACUUUAAUUUCCGUCCAAUCCCCAACUUUAAUUUCGAUGAAAAUGAUUAUGAAACAACAAGAAAGCCAAGAGUGAAGACAACAACAACAACAACAACUAAAACAACCCCAGAGACAACAAGAAAAAGUGUUUCGCAAUUCUCAUUCCCUUCAUCAACGUUCGCUCCGACUCCAUCCUUCGAUAUCAGUCCAACAGUUUCUGUUAUUGAAAAUUCAGAAGUUUUUGGUGGAACUGAUGGAAAUUUCUUUGAAUUCCGUUCAACUCCACGUCCCACAACACAAGAGUACACUCAUAACAGAUUUAAUCUUGGAAAUGAACAAACUUACACACAAAACAAUCUUUACACGCCAUCGCAAUAUUCUCAAGAGGUGACUGACAUCGUUAAAGAACCUGAAAAUUAUGUCACAAAUGAUGACAUACAAACAACAGACAAUCCUGAUUACACUUUACCAUCUGAACUUCCACAAAUUAGUCCACAAUUACCAGGUUGGAUAAAUUCACUUACGGAAGAUAAAUGGAUGCAAAAGUCGAAUAUUACAGAAGAACCUUCAACAACAACGACACCGGCAACGACAACGACAACUUCAACUCGUCGUCCAAUAAAUCGUGGAAGUCGAAGACCUGUAACGAGUUCAUAUCGUUCAACUUCAAGUGACACGACAAGUGAAAGACGCCAACCAACAGCUCGACGUCGUCCCACGCAAUACACGUCGAGAUCUUCAAUAUCAUCAACUGAAGCUUCAUUCCCAUCUAGAAGUGAAACUUCAUUCCCCACUAGGUCAACAGUUAGUCGUGGAUCGAAAGUGAAGUAUAGUCCGUCGGCUGAAGAACGGUCAAGGUUCCGAACACGAUCACGAACACCAGUUAAAAAGGAGGAAGAAAAUAUUGCAUAUCAACGAGACGUAUUAAAUCAAAACUAUCCAUCUUCGGUUCGUCCCAUCAUUCAACAGCAAGAAUCAACAACUGAGAAGUUUGUUGAAAGUAUUCAUAUUCAUAAUGAACCUUCUUCGACACCAACAGCUGAACAUAUCAUCAAUGAUUAUAAUGCACCUCUUGAAAGCGUGGAAGUAAUUCCACUUGGCGGUAAUUCAAAUGAUAAUAGUGAACAUCGUUUUAAAUCACCAACAUAUUAUGAAGACACUUUUGAUACCACAACAGUCACUACAACAUCAUCAUCAACUCAAGAAACUUCACUCCCAAGCAAUCACAAACAAUUCUCGAAUAGUUUUGUAGGAUUGCCAGAACAAGUUGACAUUCCACAACAUAAAACUGUCGCUCAUAGACUUAAAGGAAACUUUAAUUACAAACAUCGUAACAUUGAUGCAUUUUACAACUCACAUGAUUCGACUACACAAAAACCUGAUAAUGAAGAUGAUGAAAUAUUGAUUACAGUUCCAACGACUCAAUCGACUCCAAGAGAGACAACAACUGUUGAGAUAACGCAGUCACCAAUUCCCAGACGGUCAAAUUUCCCAAGACGUCGCUUACCCUUUUCAACGACAACAACUGAGUCAACAAUUUCGCCUGAUACCGAAUCAUCGACAGAAUAUUCAAGUCGACAAAAGACAAGAAAGGAAAAUGUUGUUGUAGUAAAAAAAAUUAGAGGACGCGUUCGUCAAACAACAACAACAACAGAAGGUCCUGAAACAACACGUCGUUCAGUUGCUGUGAGAACUCGUGCAUCAUAUAAUCGAAACUCUAACAGAGAAUCAACGAGAAACCGAGAAGCUGAAACAUCAAAUGAAGAAUAUAAACCACGAUUCCGCAUUCGCGAAAAUACUUCACGUUUCCGUUUAGAAACUCAAGAGAGUCAAUGGUCAGCGGGCUACAAUCAAAACUCUUUCCAACCUUUGGAUGGAGAUAAAUUGAAGUCAUUUAAAAGCACUGAAAUUGAUGAUGAACAAGAAAUUGUAACUGCCCGACCCGAAGGCGAAAAGGACAAUUAUCUCUUCAACGUGUCUGCGAGUGUUUUACCCACUAAAGCAGAAAAGACAAGCAGUGAAAACGACGAUUCUAUUAACGUGAUUACCACAACGACGGAGAAAGAAACUAUCCUUGAAAAGAAAAUUAAGGACGACGAUGACCUCGGAUCAAGCUUUGAGAAAUUUGUGAAGGAUGUUCUAGAAGAUAUUGAAGAUGAAGAAGUAAAGACAGACACAAAAAUUGAAAAGAAACCCAUAGUGAAUGAUAAGAAAGCUGGAAGACGUGGCGUAUGGAAAAGAGUGAAGGUACGACCAGCCGAUGGAUUUGAAACUGCUGAGACACAAAAUAUUGGAAAACAUUUGUACAAUGCUGUCACUGACAAUAAUAAGAAGGAAAAUGAGAAGCAUAAACAACAAGAAACAACUACAGAAAAGAAAGAUUUGAUUGAUACAACAACGACACAAGAACCCUUAGAACAUGUGUUUAGUGAAACAACAACUUUGGAACCUUCUACAGAAUCACCAAAAACAGGAAUGUUCGACGAAGCAAGAAAAGCUUUGAGUGAGUUGUUUUCUGAUGAAGAUUCAGAUGAUGGCGUAAACAUGGAACAAGCCGAUGAUAAGCUUGAAGCUCUCAUAGACAGCACAACUACACAAAUUCCUACAACUGAAUAUCCAACUACAUUCACCUCUGCUGUGAAAUCAGAAGAAUCCGUAGUUAUGUCUAACUCAAAGCAAGUUAAAACAAGUACGAGUCAAAAAGUUACAGGAGAGAUAUGCUACAGAGGACGAUGUAUCAAGACAGAAGAAUAAAAAUAAAAUCUAUCGUUAACAUUAGGAUUCUAUUUAUUGUAGUUGUAGCUGUUAGAAAGCUUUCAUUCAUUUCAAAUCUUUUACUAAGCAAUAGAAAUUAUUUUGAUGUGUCAUUUUUAACGAAAAAAAAUUUUAACAGAAAAUAUUUAAGAAGAUUUUCCGAAAACUUUGUAAAUAAAAAAGUAUCGAAUAAGAAAAUAAUAAAAACUUUAAAACGAUCAAGACAUAAAAGUAGAAAAUACAAAUGUCAUAGAUUGUAUUAAUACAAUGUGUUAGAAAAAAGUUGAUCUUGAAACUUUACGUGAUGAAAACACGUAAGAAAUUUCUUUCAUCCAUGUUUCAACAUCAUUCUUUGAUAAAAAGCUUUUAAUAAAAAAGUAAAUUUACAAA